UAAACGGUGCUCGGGUGAAUGAGAAAUUAAUUCUCAAAGUUGAAUACUAAGCAAGAUCCCCCCAGCCCAAUGAAGCCAACGACCCCCUCGUGGCGAUGGUGAACCAAGCAUGGUACCACAACAACUAUCUCGCCAUCAACAUUAUCCUCGAGGGGUUGGGAGAUUCGCUGUACCCCGUCUACGCCGGUGCAACGCUCGCCAAGGAGCUCUGGAAUAGCUUGAACAAAAAGUAUCAAGCUGAAGAUGCCGGCACGAAGAAGUUCAUCGUCGGGAAGAUGUUGGACUACAAGAUGGUCGACAGCAAAUCUGUUGUCGCCCAGGCCGAGGAGCUAACGGUAAUCUUCAACAAAUGCAAUGAAAAAAAAGUAGGCGUUAGCGAGGCCUUCCAAGUGGCGGCCAUCAUCCACAAACUUCCCAGGUCGUGGGAAGACUUCCAAGCCGACCUCAAGCUCAAGAGAACGGAGCUGAAUCUAGAGCAACUGCUCACGCGGUUGAGGAUCCGAGAGGAAGGGCUUGCUAGAAGAAAUGGAGGGGCUAAGGCGAAUGUUGUAGAACAUCCGUCGGGCUCUUCACAUGGCGGGAAGGACAAGAAGAAAAUGGGUUAAAAUCCAUAUCAAGUCAAAAUACGA